AUGCUGCUAUUUGAUUCCUGUGAUCCUGUUUGCCACUUUGGAAAUAUCUUUGUGAGGCACUUCCAGUUUGAUCCCGUGACCAUGAUGCUUGCAUAUGUGCUCUCUCAAAGUUAUGUCCGAGAGGAGACGGCCAAUACACGCAAUGAUUUCCGACCAUUUCCACCACCGAAUUCUCCGCUUCGAGUGGAUCACAGUGCUCCCUUGCAAGUCGAGGCCGAGGACGAAGAGGACGAGAACGAAAACGAUGGAAUCGACUUUCAACGCGUCAGGGAAGAGCUAGACCGUUUACUGGACGAAGAUCCUUGUGAUUCAGAUGACGACGUGGUUGAUGAAAGUCAAGACGAGGACUUUACCAGUGUGCUGUACCGAUUUAAUCGGCCGAGACCUACGAUCAAGUUUUACAGUGCUGGCAGAAUGAGCCGCUCGCUCUGA